UCAAGAAUUUGUACGCUGUCACGUGUAGUCAACAAUCAAAAUGGCGUUUCUUGUUAAAGCAAUGUUAUCGUUGAUUGUGUUGAGUAUAGUGUUAAUAGAAGCAGACAGUUUAAAACAACCCCAUAUCGUAUUUAUAGUAGCUGAUGAUUUAGGCUGGAAUGAUGUAGGCUUCAGAAAUCCUUCAAUGCUAACGCCCAAUAUAGAUAAACUUGCACGUGAAGGGGUUAUUUUAAACCAAUCAUAUGUCCAGCCUGUGUGUACACCAUCACGAUCAGCCUUUAUGAGCAGUGUUUUCCCAUUUAAAUCUGGUAUACAGCAUUAUGUAUUAGAAAGUGGACAACCGGCAUGUUCGUCAUUGAACUAUACGUUUUUACCACAAGAAUUAAAGAAACUGGGAUAUUCAACUCAUGCAGCAGGAAAGUGGCAUCUGGGAUUCUGUAAAUGGGCGUGUACCCCUACAUUCCGAGGUUUUGAUACCUUUUUUGGCUUUUAUGGCGGUGGCGAAGAUCAUUUUACUCAUUAUACCGGAGGAUAUUUGGAUUACAGAGACCAAUUUCUACCAGCUACAGAAUACAAAAAUGUAUUUUCUGCUAUGGCCCAUACAGAGCAUGCAGUUCGUGCUAUCAAAAGCCAUAAUCAAAGUCAACCAUUUUUCCUGUACAUGCCGUACCAAGUAGUUCACGCUCCAGUUCAGGUGCCCAAACAAUAUGAAGACAUGUAUCCUAAUGUAAUGAAUGAAGGUAGAAGAAAAUUCUGUGGCAUGGUAUCUGUGUUAGAUGAAGGUGUAGGUAAUAUUACCCAAGCUUUAAAAGAUGCCGGCAUGUAUGACGAUACACUGAUCAUCUUUACUGCUGAUAAUGGUGGAGAGCUUUUGGGUAAUUUUGCGAACAACUGGCCACUACGAGCAGGUAAACAUACUGUUUAUGAAGGGGGCACUAGAGGAACAGCUUUUGUACAUGGCAGUAUGUUACAGAAAACACAGUAUACUUACAAUGGAAUGAUACAUGCUGUUGAUUGGAUGCCAACCAUUAUGUCGGCUGCUGGUGGAACUCCUAUAACUGAUAGAGAUGGUAUUGAUCAAUGGGAAUCACUACAGUCAGGUUCACCAUCUAAACGGUCUGAAUUUAUUUAUAAUAUAGAUGAUUUCCCUGAACCUCUAGAAGGUCAUGCAGCCAUACGAAUGGGAGACAUGAAAUUAAUAGAAGGUUACCCAGGACGCUAUGAUGGCUGGUAUUUACCUAACAAUAAAACAAAGACUCAGAAACUUCACAUGAUACCAUAUUUUACUGGUGAUAGUCCUGUACAACUAUAUAAUGUUAUAGACGAUCCUCUUGAGAAGAAUGAGAUAUCUGCACAAUAUCCAGAAGUUGUUGCUAAGCUACAAGCAAGACUUGAAGAGUAUAGAAAACAAAUGGUUCCAGCUGACUUCCCACCAGUAUCACCCCUUUCUAAUCCUAAAUAUUACGGUGAUGUCUGGUCUCCGGGUUUCUGUUAGUCAACACGAGUUGUAUUUAAGAAAUACAAGACAUAAAAACAUGACUAAUUAAAGGUAUACUAAUUAAAGAUACAAGGCAUAAAAACAUGACUAAUUAAAGGUACACUAAUUAAAGAGACAAGACAUAAAAACAUGACUAAUUAAAGGUACACUAAUUAAAGAUACAAGACAUAAAAACAUGACUAAUUAAAGGUACACUAAUAUUAUUAAUCACGCUGUUUCUGCACAGUGUUCAUGAAGUUCUUUGAUAUUUAUUACCAUAUUAUGUUGGUUUUUAUAUAAUACUCAGACAUAAAUUAUAGUAUAUUAUGAUAUAUGUCCAAUAAUUUGGUUGGAAAUACUUUCGUGCUGAGAUCUGUAUAAAGCAUAGAAUAUUUAAAUAUUGUUUUGUAUAAUAUGUAAAAUUUUCUAUAGUUACCAUGUUUUAAUUUGAUAUACAAUGUUAACUUUAUAUGACGGUUAUGGUCUAAAAAUACAUCCUUGGGUCAAUCCCUAGAGUUCUUAAGAUUUUAGAAUUUUAGCAUACUAUUUGUCCCGAACUAGAGAACGAGGCAUGCUGGUCUAUUUUCUCAGAUUAAACCUUUGCGAAUAAAACGUGCAAUAAUUACUGAUUAUGUAUGACAAAUAACGUAAUUUAAUGUACUUAAAGUUUUAAUAAAGAGUUCAAAAUAAACUAUUUUACUUG